AUGCGCCAGCGGAUAGACCACUUGGAGGACUUGGUUAAGAAGCUAAUUCAAGAACGACAACCUGUCCCGACACCCCCCAAAAUCACGGUUCCUACCCCUGAAAGUCCCAGCCCCGAGGGCGAUCCGGACCUGCCCGGCGGGGCUGGCAAGACAGUAAUGGACGGCAUGCAUUCCGUCUAUGUCAGCGGGAAUGAUUGGCACGUCGUGCUCGAAGAGAUCAGAGAGCUCAAGAGGGCCUGGGAUCAAGAUGAGGAUGAUGGCCAGAGCGACCAUAGCAUUCCUCCUGCGCUUUCAUAUGCCGCCGAUGGUGCAAGUUUGCUUUUUCAGCACCUCAAGCCAAUGGAAAAAAUAGAAAUCCUUUCUACCUUACCAUCCAGGGCCGAGGUUGAUGAGCUCAUCUCUUAUUUCUUCGACCCCGCGUUUCCCAUCCAUCUUCCCCGUAAGUCUCCGAGGCUCCGAAGUUACAACGAGCACUGGGAGAACCAAUCCCGAACAAGUUUCAUCUGGCUCGGUCUUCUGUUCUCCAUCCUCGCCAUUACCAUGCUUGCGUACCACCAGCAUGGGGAGCCAUCAAAGUACAAGGGCGUUUCCGAACCGCUCUUCCAGCUAUACCGCAUACGUACAUCGCAAUGCCUGCUAAGCGGAGACAUAUUUAAGUGUCUGCCUUAUACCGUUGAGACACUCCGCUUCAACGCCACAGCCGAGCUCAAUCGCCAAGAAGACAACCGCCGCGGCCUCUGGAUCAUGUCAGCCGUCGUGGUCCGCGCCGCCAUCAACAUGGGCUACCACCGCGACCCCUCUCGCAUCCCGGGCAUAUCCGCCCUCCAAGCCGAAUACCGCCGCCGCGUCUGGUACUCGGUCAACAGCAUGGACGACAUGGCCUCCUUCCUCGGCGGCUUCCCGCGCAUGACCUCAGCCAUAUCCUCGGACACGGCCGAGCCCCGCAACCUCCACGACUGGGAACUGUCCCCGGACACACCCUUCAUCCCCCCCUCCCGCCCCCUGACUGAACCCACCGCAGCCACCUCCCUGAUCAUCAAAGGCCGUCUGUUCCGCGCCUUGGGCCGUGUAACAGACUUCAACAACAGCGCCCCCGCACUCGGUUCGUACGAGGCCCUGCGCGAAGUCGACCACGCCCUGCAGGAGGCGUACCAGGGCCUGGAACUGAUGUCUACCGCCGCAGCCGCAGCCGGGAACGGGGAUGGCCGUACGGCCGAGGCCUCGGCCGACAACGUGUUCCCCUAUUUUGGUAUGCUGGGCAUGUAUCACAGUGGGGUGUGUACGCUACACCGCAGGUUCAUGGCCAAGGCGCGGGAUGAUGCUCAGUUUGGGUUUUCAAGAGAGAGAUGUAUCGCGUCUGCGCUGGCGCUAGUGGGGAUGCAGCAGACGCUGGAAACGGGAUUUUACAAGUACUGGCAGACGAGGCAUAUGAUGACGCUUGCGGCCAUGGUGCUAUUUCUCGAGCUCGAGUUAAGGCGAACGUCUCCUAAUGGUGGCGAUGUUGGCGAGGAUGCGGCUGCCUCUCCGGAUAGUGGUAUGCUGUUGGAGACGCUGGACCGGGCGUGUGCCCGUUGGGCAGAGGCGAUAGGGACGUGUGAGGAAGCGGGGCGGGUCUAUCGCCUCCUUGUCAACAUGCUUGCUGGGUUCCGGACUGGGGCUGGACCUGGGCCUGGGGCUGAUGCAGGUCAUUCGGGGGUUCCUAUGGUACUCAUGGAUGAACGCUUUGAGUUUUUGAGUCCGCAGCUCGGCGUACCGAAUGAGGCUGCCCCCUCGGAGAAAAGCCCAUUCGUCCUUGACUUGCCGCUUGAUAGCAGCCAGACAGUCCAAGCCCCUACUACAGCACCUCUCAUUUUGAUCUUUACCUCUUGCGAGAAACAGCGGGUACACCGGACUGGAUCUUCCGGCGCCAUGUUUUCAACGCUCAGCAGCUACAGCUACUUUCUAGUUCUGGUCCUGGUGGCGAACGAUGUCGACAUGUCGCUCCCCACCCCGGCCGCAGCUCUGACAAGUGCUGAGGGGUGGUCCGACUUUGCAGACAACUUUGCAACUGACCUCGCGCCGCAGCCGCCGCUCAUUACGCUCUUUGGGGAGCAGGUCACCAAGCAGUUUCUCAGCAAGAGCACUGGCUUCCUCGACAAUAUCAUUUUUGGGCUCGCUCCGCUUGGAACCAUCACGGCCGUUGUCUCGGCCAUCCGAUUGUACGGCAAGGCGUCGCUCAAGUCAUUCAUCGGCCGCGCCCAGGAGGCACAUGGUGUUGCGGAGGCAGAACUAUGCUCGUCUACUAACCAUGACGUAUGCGAGCUGUGA